AUAAACCGGAAAGACCAGGAAGAAAAGGCGGACCAAAUACAGCUUAUGGGAGAAAUCUACAAUAAAGCUACCCGUGUCCUUGUAUGGCUUGGGGAAGACACCAAUGGCGAAGCCGAGCUGGCGCUCAAUCGAAUCAGAAGCAUUGCUCUGGCCGAAGAUAAUCUUCCUUCCUCCAGAACCCGUGGUGGAGCCCAGUGA